CCCCGCUUCCAAACGUAAGCCAAACCGCCACGACGAUCGCCAGAAAUGACGAAAGUGUCCCGGUGGAAGUCUUUCAUUUCCCUUGCCGUGGCCGUCCUCCUCCCCUUCGCCACCACCUUCCUACCGGCGCCUCCCAGGAAUGACUUCCACUCCCUUUUCCUUUCCUCCGCCGCUCCUCCGGCCUCCAACACCACAGUCUCCGAUCACCUCCGCCGCCUGACAGCCCGCCCCCACGUCUCCGGCUCGCCAGCAGACGCCCUCGUCGCUCGGUACGUCAGCGACGUCCUAUCCUCGGCGGCCCUGCCGACGCACUCCGUCCGCUACGACGUCCUCCUCACUUUCCCCUCCUUCCGCUCCCUGACGCUCUCAUCCCCCGAACUCCGCCUUCCCGUCGCCCUCCCGCUCACUCAACUCCAUGUUCCCGGUCACCCCUCGCCGUUCUCCGACGAGGUGGUACCCACCUUCCAUGCCUACGCCCCCUCGGGCUCUGCCGUGGGUCCCGCCGUCUAUGCUAACUACGGCCGACGAGAGGACUUCUCCGCCCUUGCGCGUCUCGGCAUCAACGUCUCCCGCUCCGUCGUCGUCGCUCGGUACGGGAAGAUACACCGCGGCGACAUCGUCAAGAACGCGCACCACGCGGGAGCGGCCGGAGUGGUCAUCUACACCGAUACGGCGGACUACGGUUCCGAGUCGGACGGGUGGUUCCCGGAGUCGAGAUGGAUGCCACCAAGCGGAGUACAGGUCGGCACAGUAUAUAACGGUGCGGGCGAUCCGACGACGCCCGGGUGGGCAAGCACCUUGGAAAUGGCCGGCGGAUGCGAGAGAGCCGGGCCGCCGGAAGGUGCAGUGGCGGAUAUACCGUCGCUUCCCAUCUCCGCGGCGGACGCGGCGAUCAUCUUGAAGGAGAUUGGUGGGCCGGUGGCGGACGAGGCGUGGCACGGUCUAUUGGACGUACCGGUUUAUCGACUUGGACCGGGUCCGGCAGUUCUCAACCUAACGUAUAUAGCAAAAGAGAGCAUCACGACGAUCGAAAAUGUUUUCGCUCUGAUUCGAGGGACAGAAGAGCCGGACAGGUACGUUAUAUUGGGAAACCAUAGAGAUGCUUGGACAUAUGGCGCAGUUGAUCCCAAUAGUGGUACUGCUACCUUGCUUGAGAUUAGUGGGAGGCUGGAAAAACUGAUGAAGCGAGGUUGGAAGCCUAGAAGAAGCAUUAUCUUGUGUAAUUGGGACGCAGAGGAGUAUGGAUUGAUCGGAUCAACAGAGUGGGUUGAAGAGAACAGAGAGGUACUGAGAUCAAAGGCUAUUGCGUAUCUAAAUGUAGACAUUGCAGUCGCCGGACCAGGCUUCCAUGCUUAUGCAACCCCCCAGCUAGAUGACAUCCUCAAGCAAGUCACGCAACAGGUUGAAGAUCCAGAUAACUCUUCAAGAACUGUUUACGACGCAUGGAUAGAUUCUGGGGACACUCCGCUUAUUGGGAGAUUAGGUGGCGGUGGCUCGGACUAUGCUCCUUUUGUGCAACAUGUUGGUGUUCCAGCUGUAGAUAUGUUCUUUGGAGGAGGAUACCCUGUGUAUCACUCCAUUUAUGAUGACUAUCAGUGGAUGGAGAAAUUUGGGGAUCCAAUGUUCAGGAGACAUGUAGCAGCUGCCAGCAUUUGGGGAUUACUUGCACUACGGCUAGCAGAUGACAAGAUAUUGCCCUUCAAUUAUCUAUCUUAUGCCACUGAACUACAGUCAAGUGCUAAGGAACUUGAAGCAGGGGAAAUUGACAAGUCAGUGAGCUUUGUCCCGCUAUACGAAUCCAUUGAGAAGCUUAGAAAGUCCGCCGUCGAAAUUAACAAGCAGAAGGAGUUUGCAAGAGAUGCUUGGUUUUCAAAGUGGACUAAGACGCAAACUUUGCCGGUAAGAGACUUGAAUGACAGGAUGAUGAUGGCUGAACGUGCUUUCACAGAUGCAGACGGGCUCUUCAAAGGACCUUGGUACAAGCAUCUGAUAUAUGGGCCAUCCAAGCAGGAUGAUUAUGGGUCCAAGUCCUUUCCUGGGAUAGAUGAUGCCAUUGAAGAGGCCAAGAAUGCAAACUCUCUUGACCCAUGGAAGCAUGUUCAGCAUGAGAUUUGGAGAGCUGCCAGAGCCAUCACGCAGGCAUCACUGGUUCUGAGUGGUGAAUUCACAUGAAUAUACGUGUUAUUGAAUCCAUGUUUAAUCUUGUUCAUUGUUUUUAAUUUAUCUUCUUGAAACAAGAUCAGAUAUGUAAAACAGAAAACCUCAUCCUCCUGAAGAGAGGAACUGAAAGUCAGGAUUACGUCAAAUGCUAAAUUUUAUGAUAUCAAACUCGAGUGAGCAAAGAAUGCUUUCGACAAUUCAA